AUGCUGCUCCAAACCACUCUAGUGCUGCUCGCACUACAGGCGAGUAGCGUCGCAUCUGCGCCUUCAGAACGCCGAGAUAUUCCCCUCGCCGACAAAACCUUCGAUUAUGUGGUCGUUGGUGGCGGUACUGCUGGGAUCGUGGUAGCAACGCGACUAGCACAGAAUGACUUCGACGUUGCCUUGAUCGAAGCUGGGGGACAAUACGAGCUUGAGUCCGUGGCCGAGUUUCCUGCAGCUGAUGCGUUAUCGAUGGGAUCAGAUCCUAAUUUCAGAUCACCGGAAGAUUGGGGCUUUGUGACAAGAGAUCAACCUGGCGCUAAUAGGCGGGCGAUUCAUUUCGCCCGAGGGAAAUGUCUUGGGGGAUCGUCAGCGUUGAAUUUCAUGGUCUAUCAACGUCCGACGCGUGAGUCUAUGGAGGCAUGGGCAGAUGUAGUCAAUGACAGCAGUUAUACAUUCGACGAAGUGCUCCCAUUUUACAAGAAGAGCGUCCAGUUCACGCCCCCAAACACCGACUACAGAGCUCAAAAUGCCUCCGCAGACUAUGAUAUCGAUGCCUUCGACUCGGAUGGUGGCCCAUUACAGGUGUCGUAUGCUAACUAUGCCGAGCCUUUCUCGUCAUGGAUGAGCCCCGGUAUGGAAGCUAUCGGCAUUGAUCAAGUUAAGGACUUUAACCUGGGUGAGAUAAUGGGAGCCCAGUAUUGUGCUUCGACCAUCGAUCCAUCCAACGAGCUCCGAAGCAGCUCCGAGGAAUCUUUCCUAUCCAAGAUCAAGCCGAAGUCACUGAGCACCUAUAUAAACACCCUGGCCAAGAAGGUGGUAUUUGAUGAGAACAAGAAAGCAACAGGAGUUCAAGUGAAAGGCUUGCUGGGAAAUACCGUCACCCUUUCGGCAUCGGAAGAGGUUAUCGUCUCGGCUGGUGCCUUCCAGUCACCCCAGCUCCUCAUGGUGUCGGGUAUUGGACCAUCCGAUCAAUUAAGACAACACGGGAUCGACGUUAUAGCUGACCGACAAGGAGUCGGUCAGAACAUGUGGGAUCACCCGUUCUUUGCACCUUCGUACCGAGUGCAGGUGACAACAUUCACCAAGUUCGUUACCGACCUGUUAUACGCGUCUGGGCAAAUUCUGGAAGUAUUACUCUCCAAAAAGGGAGUCAUUACAAAUCCAAUCGCGGAUUUUGUGGCUUUUGAGAAGAUUCCGCGAUUCUUGCGCUCGGCUUUCUCCGAGGAAACGCAGAGUAAACUGACCAAGUUUCCAUCCGACUGGCCUGAAGCAGAGUACAUAUCUGGUGCAGGGUAUAUCGGAAAUGUAUCAAACCUCCCGGCAAUCCAGCCGAGAGAUGGAUACCAAUAUGCCUCAAUUCUCGGUGUUCUGAUUGCACCUAUGUCCCGAGGAAACGUCACUUUGCAGUCUGCAGAUACCUCAGAUCUGCCGGUGAUCAAUCCCAAUUGGCUCGAUGAUCAGGCUGAUCAGGAAGUUGUCGUUGCCAUGUUCAAGCGAAUACGCCAGGCUUUCCAGAGUGAAGCUAUGCAGCCCGUGGUUAUCGGCGAGGAGUACAACCCCGGGCCGCAAGUCCAGUCCGAUGAUCAGAUUCUUCAGUUUAUCAAGGAUAAUAUGAUGACUUUGUGGCAUCCGAGUUGUACCUGCAAGAUGGGAACGUCCGAUGAUGAUAUGGCUGUGGUUGAUUCACAGGCCCGGGUUUAUGGAGUGGAUGGACUGCGCGUAGUUGAUGCUAGCGCCUUUCCUUUUCUUCCUCCUGGUCAUCCUCAGUCGACGGUUUAUAUGCUUGCCGAGAAGAUCGUGGCGGAGAUUAUUCAGGAUUCCUAA